GAUUACCGUACAUUUGUUUACAAUAAAAUAACAGCAAGUCGCAGCGGUAAAGCAGUCACUUGCGAGCGAGAGCACUGACAACAUGGCAGAUCGGCGUUAUUAUGGUUGGGGUGCACCACCACCACCGCCACACGGUUACCCUCCCCCUCCCGGCCACCCCCCACAUAUGUACCCCCCCGGGGCAGCCGGAGUAGUCUUCUACCCGAUGCACCCUGCCUACUUCUAUCCCUACCCCGGAGGAGAAAUACCACCCCCUCCUGAUGGCGGCGAAGUCACUGUGGUCGAUAACGCAGAGCCGGAAUUGCCCGGGGAAACUGUCGAGUUGCCGUGGAGUACAUACCGUUGGGUCCCAGCAUGCUUGAGCCAGCGCUCCAUCCCGCCCGGCGCUCUGCGCGUGGGUACUGAUGUGGAUGGUGACGAGAUCUACGCCGGCAGAGCCCCACAUGAGGGUGACAUCCUUCCCGCAAAGGUCAUCCCCAACAAGAACGCUUGCUACGUCUGCUGGGGUGGCGAGGAAAUCGUCAAAGACCAGUUUGAGGUGCUGGUCCCCGCGAUGUUCUCCUGGCAGUUCUCGACUGGUGGUGAGGUUCCCCCUGGCGCAGUAGCCGCAGGAGUCACUGCUGACGGCGAGAAGCUGUACUUCGGCAGAGUCACACACGACGGAUGCACUACGCCUGGCAAGAUCCAGCCAAGCCACGGCACAUGCUACUAUCCCUUCGAUGGCGAAGAAAGGAGCUCAGCAGAAUACGAAGUCCUUGUACUCAUGUGAAUAAGAACAUAACACUAUUUAUUACUGUAACUAUAAAAUACAACAAAUAAACAUUUAUGACAAGAAAUACAAGACAGAAAAGGCUGUAUUUGUGACUACAACCUUUUAGAUUAAACCUACUUUUAUUACAAAUUACAAUCUGCAUUAUUAUUUCUAUCGAGUAGGUAAAUUAUAAUUACUAAUUACAUAAUGGAAUGGUAUUAUUGUGUCUUGUAUAUAAAACAUCGUAAUUAAUUAGCCAUUUACAAAAGUACGUAAGUAUUAUACACUUUAUAUAGUAAAAA